AUGGCCGACAACGCCAGCUCCAGAGUGGACACGCCCACCAACAUCUCCCUGAGUCCCAGCGUCGCCGUCUCCGAGCUGCUGGAGUACAAGACGGUGUCGGUGUUCCUGGUGCUGCUGGUGUGUGGCGCGGGCAUCGUGGGCAACAUCAUGGUGGUGCUGGUGGUCCUCACCACCCGCCACAUGAGGACCCCCACCAACUGCUACCUGGUGAGCCUGGCCAUCGCCGACCUGAUGGUGCUGGUGGCGGCCGGGCUGCCCAACGUGGCCGACAGCCUGACGGGCACGUGGGUGUUCGGCCACGCCGGCUGCCUGGGGAUCACCUACCUCCAGUACCUGGGCAUCAACGCCUCCUCCUGCUCCAUCACGGCCUUCACCGUGGAGAGGUACAUAGCGAUCUGUCAUCCGAUGAAGGCUCAGACCGUGUGCACCGUGUCCCGAGCCAAACGCAUCCUGGCCGGGGUCUGGAUCUUCACCUGUGUCUACUGCAUGCUCUGGUUCUUCCUGGUGGACAUUCAGGUCGGCCCGGACGCACACGUGCAGUGCGGCUACAGAGUGAAGCGGGAGCUCUAUCUGCCCAUCUACCUCACCGACUUCGCCAUCUUCUACGUCAUCCCUCUGCUGCUCGCCAUCGUGCUGUACGGCCUCAUCGCUCGAAUCCUCUACCUCAGUCCUCUGCCCCACCACCCGGACGCCAGCGCCACCACGCUGCGGCGGAGUUGUCGGGAACCCCCCGAGCCGGGGAAGGGGGGUCGCCCGGGCCGGCCCAAGACAGCGCUCUCCUCCAGGAAACAGGUGACAAAGAUGUUGGCCGUGGUGGUGAUCCUCUUCGCUCUGCUCUGGAUGCCCUACCGGACUCUAGUUCUGAUCAACUCCUUUGUGUCCACGCCGUAUCUGGACGCCUGGUUCCUCCUGUUUUGUCGGACAUGCAUUUACGCCAACAGCGCCAUCAACCCGGUGAUUUACAACGUCAUGUCUCAGAAGUUCCGCUCGGCGUUCCGCGGCCUCUACCGGUGCCAGCGGCCGGAAGGAAUCCAGAGGACGCUGUCCACGAUCCAGCCCGGCCUCAGCACCCGGGACCGGAGGACAUCCCACGCCAACAGCAGAGGAACCAAUGAAAAGACAAAGAUGACCACCACUGAUUUGACUACCAAGCAGAAUGGAAGCAGCCACCAGGAGGCGCUCAGCGGCGAGAAGGCAAAGCUCGAGUCCGACGUCCCAGCUGCUACGUUCAGAUUCUGUGUGCGUCCUUCGGAGACGUCUCCAGCUGGAGAUAAAGACGAGGAUCAUCUUUCCUCAGAGGAUGCUCACGGGAACGCUGCAGGCAAACAGACACCAGACUAA